GCCAGCUCAGGGGUAGGAUCGUGCUGGCUGGUAUCAGAUUCGCCUCUGGGAUUUUCUUCCCCCUUCGAUUCUUUCGCUCAACAUUUUCUGUAUGCCACUCCAUCAAAGACACUCGUUACCACAAUUAUUGAUCGCCUGUGGACCUACGGCACCGAAGGAUCUCAAAAUUAACACGGCUAAUCCUGGCCAUCCCCGACGCGCAGUCUGGAUUAAUCCCUGCCGCUCAUUGAGCUGCCGACGCUCACCUUCCAUUCACCCUUCCGCCAGACUUUGCUCGACCAUGUUUGCGACCCUGACUCUGAAUUGAGCCCACCGCGUCGCACGAACCUCGAACAAUCCGACGGCUGAGCCGCGCAGUCAACGCCGAGACUCCUGUUCGCCUCACGCGCUCUCCUGCCCUACCCGCCCACCUCUCCCGCGUACACGCCCGGCCUCGGAUACUCCCCCGUCGCCGCCUGCGAAGAACCGGGGCACGCCGGAGUACGUGCCCGGCGACCGGCGACCGGCCACGAUGCCCUGGCACCCAUUGCCCCGCAUAGCCUUCGCGGUUGCCACGUAUCCAUUUACGCCCUCGAACCCGGCCGACCUCCCACUCGAAAUUGGAGAUGAGCUCUACAUAAUAGAGGAGACGCCAGACGGCAACUGGCUGCGUGGAUACCUCGUCGCGCCACCCAGCCUCCUUGCUGGUCUGACCUCGGUCAAGGGCCAGACCCUAGAGGCUCGCGUCUUUAGCGGCAUCUUUCCCCGGAGCUGUGUCGAGGUACGCGAGCUCCUGGGUGAGUCGGACGACACCGAGGACGGCGCCAGCGAAGAGGGCGUCGAUGCCUCUGGAGAGCCAAUCUCUCUCGGGAGUGACUCGGGAAAGGGUGGGCUUGAUGCGUCUGAGACCAAGAAGAAGAGGGACAAGGUUAGGGCACCCGAGGUCCCCAUAGGAAUUCCCGACAAGGGAGACGGGGGAAGCAAAAAGACCGUCACCGAUGGCCGUUUAUCGAUACCCGCGAAGCGGGAGCCUGGCGCGCCCAAGCCCCCGGCCCCGGUGCCGAUGCUCAAGAUCGGUGACGAAACCCCGACCUCGGAGUCCGAGCCUCUAAUCGACGAGAUUGCCUCGUGUUUGCGCGAGUGGCACUCCACGAACCUGCACGGCCUGCUUCUGUCCCGACAGUACCACAAGCUGGAUCGGCUCUCCCAGCUCAUCUCCACACUCAACUUCUCGCGUCAGCAGCUUCUACACAAUGUUCUCACCACUUGGGAGUAUGGUCGCCUUCGUGAGCAGACAGUAUGGGAUCUCGUCCGCGUGAACAAGCUGUGCGGCGGCGAAGUAAUAGUCCGCGACCCGCGUGAGCGCGGCCGCGUCCUCACAGGCGACGACUCCGUCGUCGAGAUUACAAGGCUGCAGUCGGUCAUGAGCAUGCUCGACGAAACCCCCCAGCCGCACACCGAGACGUCCGCAUUGCAUCACCUCUUGGUUGACAUCAAGGGAUUUGCCGGCUCGUCCACUGAAGCCCCGUGUCUUGUCUUCUAUGUGGCGCAGAAGGACGCGGCCGGAGAGCUAACCAGGUUGUCGGAAAAUUAUACCGUCGAGGUCCCGCCCGGUGGUGACAUCGGUGGCCUCACAAGAACGAGCCAGCUCCGCGCUUUGUUCUCAGAUCUUUCCUCCGCAGACAUUGGCGACAUCCCCUCCGCCGCCGAGACCGAACUCCUCUUGAUCGUCAAAGUUCGAGCCCCACACCAGAUCGCCGCGGGCAAGCCCAGCUCCCGUUCGGGCCCAGGGAGUCACUCGCUUCCGUCAUUCGGAAGAGACCACGCAAAACCCCCGCUCUCUAGCGGCAACAAGUCUAUGCGGAGGAGUUUGAUGUGGGCUGGGAAGAGCACUAGGUCUGCCUUUUCUAGGGGGGGUGGCAGGCUUGACCCCCUUACCGAACAGCAGGACCAAAGACCGCCGACCGGGGGGAGGGAGAGCUUGGACGGACCGCCCGGAACCGCAACCUCAAAGACAACGGUUGGAUCGCAAGACGGCCCAUCCUACCUGACAGCUGAUCGGACAGUUGGAGUUGGUGUCAUGAAGCUUAAUGCCAUCAUGAAGCAGCAAGAGGAGGUCGAGCACGUGAUAAGCGUUUUUUCAGCGUCGCAAACCAACCCUGUAGGGGGAGCUGGUGAUCUCGAGUCGCUUAUUCACGAGCUCGUCGAGAAGAAGAGCAACAACCUAGAGAAGUCGAGGGGCUCGGAACGACUGCAGGUCACUCUCAGGUCGUUCAACCACCCAGACGCGGACUCACUAAUCAAGUCGACGCCGACGCUGCUCUCGGGAGUGUGCAAAACGAACAAGAUGGGAUUUUCGGGCGCACCCACGAAACCGCGGUCGGACAUCUAUGUCACGAUCGACACAGUCGCGCUUUCAAAGCAAACGUUGCUCUCAAAGUAUGGCGGCGGCGCCAGCUCUCUUCCCAGCUCCAUGCACGCCACCAACCUGCAGCUUACCCUGGAGGUGCGGAAACCGAACGGCGUGCGGAUCGACAACUGCAUCUUCCCAUCUUCCAACAGCGAGGGACUUAGUGCAUUCAAGACUGUUGCCGUCGAGCGAGGCGGGGCUUGGAACCAGACCAUCAGGUUGCUGCUGGACCCGCAGGACGUUUCCACAGCGCACAUGGUCGUGUUCGCUGCCGACAUGCCGCAUCCCCCGUUUGCUGUGGCGCACAUGCCUCUCUGGGACCAGCAGGCCUUUGUGCGAGACGGGGCGCACUCGCUGCUGCUGUACAAGUACGACGAGAACACGGCGACGGCGCAGCCCAGCCAGGUAAUGGCGGGUGCCAAGGGCGGCUAUCUCUCGCUGCAGUGGAGCGUCAAGCCCUCGCAGUCCGAGUUCGCGAGUCCCCUGGCGGUCUUGCGUCUGUCCACCUACUUGUGCAGCACCCAGUUCUCCCAGGAUCGCAUAAUCCUCAGCUUGAUCAGGUGGAAGGACUGUUCCAAGGAAGAUAUUCCCACCGUCCUGAAGCAGCUCAUCUUCGUUCCCGAGAUUGAGAUUGUGAAGCUUUUGAACGACGUCCUCGACGCCCUCUUUGCCAUCCUAGUUGAGUUAUCCGGGAACGACGAACACGAGGACCUUGUAUUCACGGCGCUUGUUAGGGUGCUUGACAUUGUGCACGACCGGCGUUUCAACCUUGGGCCACUUGUCGAUCAGUAUGCGGAGAACAGGUUCAACUACCCCUUCGCAACCGCCUGCCUGGUGCGCUCCUUCACCAGGCUUCUGAGCAAGCCGGGCGACCCUGAGACAGCAAGGAAACUCCGGGCAACAUUCAAAGUCGUCCGUCACAUCCUCAAGUUCAUCACGCAUGCCCGAGGUCAACAAAAGGCUAAGGAGGCUGGAAUUGGCCUCACGGGCUCGACCCCUGGCUUCACGAGGCAUCUGCAAGCCAUCUUCAAGGCCCUGGAUUCCAUGAUGCGCAGCACGCUGCCUGCCUUUGUCGGCAACCAGACGUUGGCAGUGCAGCAUUUUCACACCUGGCUCCCGGAGUUGACGGGUCUCCUGACCACAGAGGAGAUAAUGCACAUCGCCAUCGACUUUAUGGACUCGUGCUCGCUGGUCAAGGGCAAGCUGGUUCUCUACAAGCUCGUCUUGAUCAUCCACUACUCCAAGCUUGAGGUCUUUUCACAUCCCGAACAGCGGUCUGUCCUAAGCGCCAACACCGUCCGGUGGAUUGCGCCGCACUGGGGUAUCCCCGAGGAGGUCACGGACCAAUGGAAGGACCAAGUUCGGCUCUGCUGCUCGGUGCUCGCCAGCCAGGUGGAACACCUUGGGCCCGAGAUCCCGGACUACAUCCCCAAGAUCCUGCAGUCGUAUGCUGCCCUCCAAGCCGCCCCACGAAAAUCGAACCAACGCCUCUCUCUUCUCUUCCCCACCCAAUAUCCCUUCCUGAGCCGGCCCAUCACCGAGACUGCCAGCUUCGACGAGUCUCUGAUUGAGCUGUCAGCCAUCCUGUCGGCUUUGUCCAACGCACCCAGUGGAAUGCAGCUCGAGCUAUGCGACGAUGACUUGAGUCUUGUCGUAGAAAGCACUCUUGGUGUCCACAUGAGCAUUCUCCAAGGGGAGGCCUUCCCCCCUAACUGGCUCAGCGUUCACAUCUUCCACCACAAGUCCACAAUGAGGACUCUCGAAUACCUGGCCGGCAUUCUUCUCGAGUCGUUUCUUCCCGAGCCGGAUGAGGCCGAGAACUUUGGCACGGAGCUGUGGAAAAUCUUCUUCACGACCCUGUUGAAGUUGGUAGCCAGCCCCUCCCUCGCCCUCGAGACUUUCCCUGAGCAGAAGCGUCGCGCAGUGUGGAAAAUUGCUGGUGACGUUAGGGAGCAGGGCGCUGAGCUUCUUCGCCGAACAUGGGAGGCUAUCGGAUGGGAGACUGCCGCCGAAGAGCGCGCGCGGUACGGCCUGAGCAAGAUGGGUGGCUACCAAGUGCAGUAUGUGCCGACGCUCGUGGGGCCCAUAGUUGAGCUCUGUCUGAGCGUACACGAAGGCCUUCGUCGCAUGGCUGUGGAGGUCCUGCAGACCAUGAUUGUCAGCGAGUGGACCUUGAGCGAGGACCUGUCCGUGAUCCAGGCCGAGAUUAUCGACUGCCUCGAUCUUUACCUCAAGUCCAAGCCCCUCACCGAGAGCAUUCUGCAGAAGCUGUUUAUCGGCGAGCUGCUUGAGAGGUUCGAGCCGCUAUCACAGGUUGAGGGUGACCCACUGUUCGCCGCCCUCGGCGAGCUCAUGGGCACCGUCGAGGAGUUCUUGGAUCUUCUUAUUGCCGUUCACAGCGAUGAUGGAUCCAGAUCCGGUGAAGCCUCACAUCUCAUCCACCGCCUGCGCCUGAUGGAGUUCCUCCGGGACAUGCAAAAGGAGGAGAUUUUCAUCAACUACGUGCAUCAGCUGGCCCAGCUGCAGGUGGAUGCUAGGAACCACGCCGAGGCUGGGUUGGCGCUUCGCCUGCACGCAGAUCUGUACGAAUGGGACCCGACAAAGACGGCAGCGGCGCUUACGGACCCCGACUUCCCUGCCCAGUCUCACUUCGAGCGCAAGGAGAAGAUAUACUUUGAGAUGAUUAAGCACUUCGAGGACGGCUCCGCGUGGAGCAGCGCCAUCGCCGCAUACAAGGAGCUGCAGGCCCAGUACGAGACCAACGUCUUUGACUUCCCCAAGCUUGCACGGACGCAGCGGGCCACCGCCACCGUUUACGACACCAUCGCCAAGAGCGACCGAUUGGUGCCCAAGUACUACAGGGUCGUCUUCCGCGGACUGGGAUUUCCCCUGAGUGUCCGUGACAAGCAGUUCAUCUACGAAGGAGGCCCACACGAGCGACCCUCUGCUUUUACCGACCGAAUCCAGGAGCAGUACCCCUCGGCGCAGAUCAUGACUACAGAAAGUGCCGUGGAAGACGUCGAGGGUCAGUUCCUCAUCGUGUCUGCUGUCAGUCCGCACCGAGAUCUUGAUCACCACGUCUACCAGCGCGCGCGGGUGCCCCAAGCGAUCAGAGAAUACCUGGUCUCGGCCCACCCGCAGUCGUUUUCGGUCUCGUCCAAGCGCGGCACCACAGGUCCUGUAACGGAACACUACGCGGAGAAGGUUGUGUACAUCACCGCCGAGGCCUUCCCUACCAUCCUCCGUAGGAGUGAGAUUGUCGAGAGCCACGAGGUGUGUCUGGGGCCCAAGGAGACGGCACUUGAGCGGAUAGUACGGAAGACGCAGGAGAUGACGGGUGUGGAGAAGCGCAUUGCAGACGGCGACUCCGGCAAGGAGCUGGCGCAGCUUCUUGUCGACGCCGUCAGCAUCUCGGUGAAUCCCAACUCGGAGAACAGCGUCGUAUGCUACCGGCAGCUCAUCACCCCGGAUGCGGUGGAAAAUGCGGAUGGCAUCGGGGCAGGAGAGGAAGAGGGUCAGAACGAACAACCUGUGCCGUUGGAUCCUCGGGAAAAUGCCAUCAAGAUGGCACUGGUCGAUCACGCCAUCAUGCUGAAGCGAUGCCUCGCGACCUUCCAGAAGAGCUCCAACGAGAUCCUCAACCGGCACUAUGCGGAUCUUCAACAAUACUUCGAGACUACUUAUGCACCCGAGAUCGCCUUCUUCACACCUCCGCAGCCAGUACGGGAUAACAACAGUCCCCUUAUGUCGCCAACCUGGUCUAGGAUAUCUGCCACGGACAUGACGUCGCCUAAUGGUCGCCCUCAGGGCUCUUCGCCUUACACUCACACCUACACCAACAGCAUGGGCCAAAAUGAAGUGUCGACGGUGCAGCCCGUGUCGCUCCGCCAGGGCCGCGGUGCACGUCUCAGCUUCCUCGGAGGAAGGAAGAAGGAUAACAAUCCGUUGUCUUCCACUCCUCAAAUAGAGGUCAUGGCUCCUGGGGUCAACGGCGACAGUGGCCACCAGAACGGACCGCCGUCCCCAUUUUUGCCGAGUUCCGUCAACGGCAACAGCACUGAUGCGCUGAGCCUCCCCGGCCGCGUGGCCAGCAAGGAAAACUCGAACCGAAGGAGCUUCUUCCGACCGAAUCCGGCCGACAAGAGCAACUACUCGGUCACAACCACAGUGACCGCCAACGACCCGCCGCCGCCAUCCAAGGGCUCCGAGUCUAAUGAGAGUGGGGACUGGAUGAGGGACUUCUCGGGCACUGCUAGUAACGCCGGCACGGGCAACGGAAUCGGCACAGGGCCUGGCCUCGGACGUCAGAGCAUCGACAGGCGCAGGUCCGAAGACAAGUAUGGCAGCGACGGCUCCCACGCAGCGGACGCCCCCAUCUCGUCGAAGGGCAGCGUCCGCAAGCGGUUCAGCAUGCUGAAGAUCGGGAGGAAGGGAAGCAAACACCAUGGAACCAUGGGGAGUCUACACGAGGAGUGAUGUAUCAUCUGAGCCCUCCUUGCUUGCGCCGAACCAUUAUAAUAAUGGGCCACACAAGACCUAGCCUGUUUUUUUUUGUUUUUGUUCCUUUUCGAUUUACCGUUCCGCGUUUGGUUGGCGCCAGUCGUUACCUAGGUUCUCACUUAUUCUUCGUUCUGCGUUGUCAAUAUGGUCGAGGACACUCUCUUUGUGGUCCUCGAUGCUGUGUAUUCCCCCCGGCACGCACACCGAUUCUUUGUUCUUUGUCGGAGAGGCAUGUUCCUGGAUAUACCCCCUCCCACCUCCCAUGGUCGCUCUUCCUUUUUGUUGCCUAUAUCUUCUUGUGUCAUCAAGACCCGUACAGUCGGGACAUCCCUGGGUGGAUCCUAGCCCCCGGUCGCAUUUUUGGCGAGCUUCUAUUACUCUACUUGUACCUCAAUCUCGGAGUCCUUUGUCUCUAUUUCUCGACACCCUUUUUUCUUUCGUUUGGCAUAUCGUCAUACAAACAGCCACCUAACCCAUUAGGUCUUUUUUACUCCAUUUUCCCACCAACCCACACGAUCAUACCCGGAGCGAGCGAGCAUCUCCUUUGUUUUUCUCUGUUUAUUUUUCACGGUAUAUACGAAGGCUCGGGAUCCAUGGCCGCUUCCGCUUAGUGUAGUCCGUGCCCCGUUGCUCCUGCCGCCUUACAAUCUUUAUUACCUUGUUGCAUAAUCUGUUUGUUCUUGUCACUCGUUCUCUUGAGCUCAUGCUUUUUCAAGAUUCUGCUUGCGAUUGGGUUCACUCCGUGUUUUAUUCAUCUCUUUUCCAGUUCUUGGCCGACGCUGCACACUCGUUCUUGACAUUUUGUUUUUGUACUCGCCUUUUUCUGUGGACCAGGACGUUGUGGCCGACACAGAGAAGUAUGCUAGAAUAUACCAAAAGGGUCAUGUGCUGCCCUAGGUUAACAAUCCAACUAAACUUGCAAAAAAAAAAAGGUGUGGCUUUUGAAA